GUCAGUGGGUCCUAUACUAUACAACUUCGAUGGAUUGCUCGAGGACUUUGUUUCGAAUAAUUUUAUUUUGCAUGUAUUACAUAGAUUUACGGUAGGGUUUUUCUAUGUAAUUGAAUCCCACUGCGUAGUUGGGUAAGCAUGUACGUAUACAUACAUGCUUAUUUUAAUAUAUGCUAAAACCUUGGUUGUAAUACAACUGCCUGUCAUUAGAAAAACCAAUCAAGAUUUAAUCUUAAUUUUAAAUUAACAGUUAAAACUUUCCGACAAAUAGUUACCAGUUUAUUGUUUUUAUACUAGUAUUUUGAACGAAGCAACUUCUACUGCCAUACUUUUUCCAUCAAAUCUUAAGGUUGGUUAUUAGAUCUAAAUAUCUGUUCAUAUUAAUAAAAGUAAACUUGAGUGGUAAAAGUUAAUUUGUGUUCGUGGAGUUCUCACAUGGUCACUUAGUCACUUGGUUGUUGUUCAUACAUCUGGAGUCCAUAUGCCAACUAAAUAGCAGUAUCGCUGCUCGUACUAAUCAUAGCUCAUCGUGCACCUUUUGUCUAAUAAUUCGGUGAUGUUCCACCUAGCAGAACACAACACUACCAAAAGCACUCGUCAGCUAAAUCUUUUCCAUCAUUCCUGUACAUAUAGUGGUAGAAUUACGGUGUACCAACGCCCCUCAGUCAGUCAACCAGAAUUAAAAUAAAGCUCUAUGUAUUUUACAUGAAGUUUAGUAAUAGAUAACUUGUACGCUAUCAUCAGCUGAUUAAAAAUUAUUAAUAACUGAUGCCCCACAAUCGUAGUAUUUCUCGACCUUAAGGUGGAAUUUGACUCUGUUGAUCGUGAGGUUCUAUGACCGUGUUUGUCACUGAAAGUAGUACCAUAGAAGUACAUUAACCUUGUAAAGGCUCUCUACUCGAACACAGCUGGUUGGGUGAGAAGUUAUGGCGAACUGUCAUCAGAAUUGAUCACCUCAUGUGGUGUUCGUCAGGGUUGUCCACUUUACUCUUGUUUAACUUUAUUGUAGACAUGCUUUUAGAGUUAUCACCUUCCUCAUCUAAAUUUCCAGAGGUUGAACUUCUACCGGGAGAUCCACUUGUUGACUUAGAAUAUGCCGAUGAUAUAGUUCUAUUUGGUGAAGACGCUGACAAAAUGCAGUCUUCUGACCACUCUAAGCAGCAAUGCAAGCAUGUUCGGGAUGCGAUUCUCUCCCUCGAAAUGCAAAAUGUUGCUUCAGGAUUGGGUUACAUCGACACCCGAACUAGUGAUAGGGAGUGAAGUGGUUGAGUGUGUCGACCGUUUCCCUUAUCUUGGAAGUCUCAUCAGCCAUUGUGGUCUGGUGUGUGACGAAAUCUCAUCACGGAUACAGAAGGCUCGACUAGCUUUUGCCAACUUGCGUCAUUUAUAGCGUAGGCGAGAUAUCCGUCUAUCAACCAAAGGACGUGUUUACUGUGCAGCAGUUCGUUCCGUCCUACUUUAUGGCAGUGAAACAUGGCCAGUGAGAGUAGAGGAUAUUCGUAGGUUACUAGUAUCCGAUCAUAGAUGUCUUCGAAACAUCGCUCGUAUAUCCAGGGACCACCGGAUAAGUAAUGGAGUUGUUAGGAAACGGGUACUGAAUAAGGAUGGCAAAUCAAUUGAUGAAGUAGUGAAACUUCGUCAGUUGAGAUGGCUGGGACACGUGUUACGUAUGCCCAACAACCGACUGCCCCGAAGUGCGAUGUUUUAUGGUGUAGGAGUAGGUUGGAAGAAAGCUAGGGGCAGCCAGACCAAAACAUAACACAAGACCAUGGAGUCACUAACUAGUGGACUGAGUCAUGUUGGUAGGUGUAGACUACCUGGUUGGGGUCCGCGAGAUGAUAGCAACCGAUGGUUAGAGACCCUGAAUGACAUGGCUCAAAAUCGUGUAUUGCUUAUUUAUUUCUUACUCCUCGACGUUUACUUCCUUUCCUUCUCUGGAUGCACUUCCUAGCUUCUUUAUUCAUGGUUCUCAAUGAGCGUACGUCACAUAUUGUUGUUGAUACAGCACCUUUUGUAAAACGUACACGUCUUGAGACUUUCGGUGCAAGUAUUUACACUAUACCACAAGUUUUAGCUGAAAUAAAAGAUGUUCAAACACGUGAAUAUAUGAAUUGUUUACCAUAUGCCCUGAAUUGUCAAGUACCAGAAACUAAUUCUAUUAACAUAAUUAAAGGUAUUGCAAAACAAACUGGGGAUCUGUCAGUUCUUUCUGCAACAGAUAUUAACGUGAUCGCUUUAACUUAUGAACUGCAUAAAAGAUAUAUCGGCGAACCAAAAAUUAAGGAUGUGAAACCUUUGCCCAGUAACCUUGGGUCUUUAGCUCGUUCUCAAUUGCCAAAAUCGAACACAAAAAGCAAUCCAUCCGUUGAUGUAUGUGAUGGGGCAGAAACAUCUGGAUCUGAAAUCAGUGAUACAGAAACAUCUGAACCGGAUGAUGAUGAUUGGAUAACAGAAAAUAACUUUGAUGAGAAGGCCAUGACUAAUUUUGGGCUUGGAGGAAAAAUUGCAGAUAUACUGGAACCAAUCAAUGAAGUUGAAACAAACGUUGUAGCUUGCUUGACAACUGAUUUUGCUAUGCAAAAUGUUCUUUUCCACGCAGGUCUCGACAUAGUAAGCAUAAAUGGUUUGCGUAUUCGCCAACCAAGAACACAUUUACUUUGGUGUUGUGCUUGCUUUAAGCCUACUAAACGUACGGACACCUACUUUUGCCCAUGGUGUGGACAUGCUAGUCUACGUCGAAUCCCAGUUACUUUACACGAAGAUGGCCAGUUAGAAUUUCACUUUGCGAAAAGAUUUGUGCACAGACGGCGCGGUUUAAAACAACCAGUAAGAAUCCCAAAGGGUGGAAAGUAUGCUGACGAACCAAUUUAUUGUGCAGACCAACGUAUUCCUGACCGAAGACCAGCCCGUCCUAAAAAUCCAAAAGUGCUUCCAUUAGCUACUAACGGCUUAUUAGGAUUUGAAGAUGAAGAACUAUCCAAUGUUUUGGAAUUCCAAUGUAAUUUAAGCAAUGCAUCAUCAGUGGUGUUCCCAUUAAAUGACGUUACUAGUCGAUCUGCACUCUGUGGUAUCCGAUCUGAUCAUCAAGUACCAAGCAGAAGCUAUUUACAAGGUGUACAUGCUGAGCAUGGCCUUAAACCAACAAGAGGCAAGGCUCAUAUAGUUAGACCAAGAACAGGAAAUAAGAAGAAACAUAAAUCUUAA